AUGCGUGUCUGGGCAGGCAAAACAUUCUCCUGGGCAGCGAAUUUUAGACAGGCGGAAUUUCUUCCACUGAAGACUGGCAAGAUUGCUACUGAGUCAGCUUUCUGUUUACGGCACUUCCCUUUUCUCCUGCUCCUCUUUUUUCUCCAUCCUUCCCACCCCACAAUUCCCUCACCUCCUCCUGCCUCCCUCUCCUCCCCCACCCCCUUCACAUCCCUCCGCACCACCGCACCGCACACCACUCCACACCCCGCCCCUCAGCUGCUGGCGUGUGCUCUAAACGCUGCCUUUGCUGCUCUCCUUGAUGCUGGCUUGCCUCUCGCCUGCCUUCCAGCGGCAGUGCAAUUGGCACUGGACUCGCAAGGUCAAUUGCUGCUGGACCCAACCAAGCAGGAGCAGCAGACAGCGUCUGCCACCGUCUGCACAGUGUUUGCCAACCGCCCACUAGCACCGGACGGCACAUCACCCCACUACACCCGAUGCCACCGCACAUCACUGCACGUCACUCCACAUCACCUGCCGUUAUUGCAUUCAGUCCACAGCAUUGCUCUUCACCGCCCACCAUUCAUCUCCACCGCACAUCACCGCUCCCAACCAGCCCUGAAGUAUGUGGAGGCGUUGGAGAGAGCAGAGCUGGCAUGCCGGGUCAUCGAUGCCUUCUCCCGCACGGGCCUUGAGCAAUAUCAGAAGAGAAGAGAGGUGGUGACAGGGUGA